AAAAUAAGAUUUAACAUAAAAGGCGGGAUCCGAUUCAUGCCACACCAUUCCGGUCCCGGAAUACCUUUUUUGCGGUGGUGCUUGUGGCUGAAAUCGGCGCCGGACCUUGCCACGCCUCCUUCGUCUCCCUGACCUUUCUCGCUUCAGCACUCUAAAUCUAGCGAAAAACGUCAUCCCGUGCCUCUCUUUUACUUUCUACGAUUUGGUUCUCCCCGUUUAUGGAUCCGGGUUCUAGAAGCUUCCUUUCUCAUUGCUAGUCCUCUUUCUUGCGGUUUUGCUCGCGAGAUUCUGUGUUUCUUAGCUGAUUUGAGCAAGCUGAGGUAAGCUUAGAAAAAGAGAAUGUGGGAUUGAAGUAGCGAAGAGCGGGGUAGAAGAAAAUGGUGCACAGCGCAUACGAUUGUUUGGAAGUGGUAGGCAAUUGCCCUGACAAGAUCGAAGCCAUCGAAUCGUACGGGUCGAAGCUCCUCGUCGGGUGCUCCGAUGGAUCGCUCCGAAUAUAUGCCGCGGAAAUCGAAUCCUCCAAUCGGUCUAAGCCUUACGCGUUGGAGAAGAAUCUCGUCGGGUUUUCGAAGAAGCCCGUCCUCUCAAUGGAGGUCAUCGAAUCCAGAGAGCUUCUUAUAUCGCUCUCCGAAUCCAUCACUUUUCACAAACUUCCUUCUUUCGAAACCAUAGCAGUUAUCACCAAAGCCAAGGGCGCCAACGUCUUCUGCUGGGACCACCAAAGAGGCUUCCUCUGCUUCGCCAGGCAAAAGCGCGUUUGCAUCUUCAGACACGACGGUGGCAGAGGAUUCGUGGAGGUGAAAGAAUUUGGUGUGCCGGAUACGGUGAAGUCCAUGUGUUGGUGUGGUGAGAAUAUAUGUUUGGGGAUUAGAAGAGAGUAUAUGAUUCUGAAUGCUUCCAACGGUUCUUUGUCUGAGCUUUUUACUUCCGGGAGACUAGCGCCACCUCUCGUCGUAUCACUUCCCUCCGGAGAGCUUCUUCUUAGAAAGGAGAACAUUGGAGUCUUUGUGGACCAAAAUGGGAAACUCCUUCCUGAAGGUAGGAUUUGUUGGUCAGAGGCUCCUGUGGAGGUUGUGAUUCAGAAGCCGUACGCUAUAGCUUUGCUGCCCAGAUUUGUGGAGAUUCGGUCUCUCCGAGAUCCUUAUCCACUAAUACAAACGGUUGUCCUACGAAAUGUUCGCCAUCUUUGCCAAAGCAAUAAUUCUGUGAUACUUUCUUCGGAUAAUUCUAUUCAUGGCCUCUUCCCUGUUCCUCUUGGAGCCCAGAUAGUCCAAUUAACAGCUUCUGGCAACUUUGAAGAGGCCUUGUCGUUGUGCAAGCUUCUUCCACCCGAAGAUUCAAGUCUUCGUGCUGCAAAGGAGGGGUCAAUUCAUUUAAGAUAUGCUCACUAUCUUUUUGACAAUGGGAGCUAUGAGGAGGCCAUGGAACAUUUUCUGGAAUCUCAAGUGGAAAUAACCUAUGUGCUUUCUCUAUAUCCAUCCAUUAUCCUUCCCAAGACAACUAUUGUUCAUGAGCCAGAAAAGUUGGAUCUUUAUGGGGAUGCUUCAUAUCUCUCGAGAGGUUCUUCAGGUGUGUCCGAUGAUAUGGAACCCUCAUCAACAUCUCAUAUGUCAGAAUCUGAUGAGAAUGCAGUACUUGAAUCCAAAAAAAUGAACCAUAAUAUGCUCAUGGCUCUCAUAAAAUAUUUACAGAAGAAGAGAUAUAGUUUUAUUGAGAAGGCCACUGCCGAAGGAACUGAAGAAGUUGUUUUAGAUGCCGUUGGGGAUAACUUUACAUCCUAUAAUAGGUUUAGGAAAACCAAUAAGGGGCGUGGUAGUAUACCUGUUAGUUCAGGAGCUCGGGAGUUGGCUUCAAUAUUGGAUACUGCUCUACUCCAAGCAUUGCUUCUAACUGGACAAUCAUCAGUGGCUUUAGAAUUACUGAGAGGUAUUAACUACUGUGAUUUGAAAAUAUGUGAGGAAAUACUUCAAAAAGGCAACCACCAUGUUGCUUUAUUAGAACUUUACAAGUGCAACUCAUUGCACCGGGAAGCUCUUGAACUUCUUCACAAAUUGGUGGAUGAGUCAAAAUCUAGCCAAUUGGAAAUUACUCAAAGGUUCAAGCCUGAGGAUAUUGUUGAGUAUCUCAAGCCGCUAUGUGGGACCGACCCCAUACUUGUUCUGGAGUUCUCAAUGCUUGUUCUGGAAAGCUGUCCAUCUCAAACUAUUGAGCUCUUUCUGUCUGGAAAUAUUCCAGCUGAUAUGGUGAACUCAUAUUUGAAGCAGCAUUCUCCAAACAUGCAAGCUAGGUACUUGGAGCUCAUGCUUGCAAUGAAUGAGAAUGCCAUAUCGGGCAAUUUGCAGAAUGAAAUGGUACACAUCUAUCUUUCUGAAGUACUCGAGUGGCAUGCUGAUUUAAGUGCUCAACAAAAAUGGGAUGAGAAAGCUUAUUCCCCGACAAGGAAAAAGCUAUUGUCUGCCUUAGAGAGCAUAUCAGGAUACAGUCCAGAGGCUUUGCUAAAACGACUUCCACCAGAUGCUUUGUAUGAAGAGCGUGCAAUAUUGUUGGGAAAAAUGAACCAACAUGAACUGGCAUUAUCUUUGUAUGUUCACAAGCUUAAUGUCCCGGAACUGGCAUUGUCUUAUUGUGAUCGGGUCUAUGAGUCUACCCAUCAGCCAUCUGUAAAAUAUUCCAGCAACAUAUACCUUGUGCUUCUACAAAUCUAUUUGAAUCCUCGAAGGACCACAGCAGGUUUUGAGAAGAGAAUUACAAAUCUGUUAUCCCCACAGAAUACAACCAUUCCAAAAGUUAGUUCAUUGACAUCGGUAAAAAGUAGAGGCCGAGGAUCAAAGAAAAUUGCUGCAAUAGAGGGUGCAGAAGACACAAAAGUUGGUUUGAGCAGCACUGACAGUGGCAGGAGUGAUGGUGAUGCAGAUGAAUAUAGUGAGAGUGGUUCUACUAUCAUGCUUGAUGAGGUCCUUGAUUUGUUGAGCCGCAGGUGGGAUAGAAUAAAUGGAGCUCAGGCUCUUAAACUUUUACCAAAAGAGACUAAAUUACAGGACCUGCUUUCGUUUCUUGGACCCCUUCUGAGAAAAUCUAGUGAAAUGUACCGAAAUUGUUCAGUGAUAAAGAGCUUGAGACAGAGCGAGAACCUUCAGGUGAAAGAUGAACUCUAUGGUCAGAGGAAAGCAGUUGUGAAGAUAACCAGUGAUAGCAUGUGUUCUCUGUGCCAUAAGAAAAUAGGGACUAGUGUUUUUGCAGUCUACCCCAAUGGAAGCACUCUCGUACACUUUGUCUGUUUCAGAGAUUCUCAAAAUAUGAAAGCAGUAGGCAAAGGAUCUCAAUUGAGGAAGCGAUUGUAAAAGUGAGAGGCCAUACCGAUGGGUGGUCCAAUUGUCUCUUAUGAGUGUGUGCUUUUUACCCAUGGUACCUGCUGGUCGGUGGAUUAUUACCGCAGUGACACUAAUGUGUUCCGGAAUUCUUUUUUACUGUCCGUGUAAAAUGUGAGAUUUGGUAUGUGAAGAGCGCGAUGUGUUUAUUUUCUUGUGAUGUAAAUAUUCGGGUUAGAGGGUCGGAUAUUUAUUUGUUAAGCAUUGAAAAGGAGCAGAUUUUCCCUCCUUUUUCUUAUGUGUUGUAUUAUCUGCACUAAAUUUAUAAAAGUUAAAUUUCAAUAUUAUUUAUUAUUAAAAUAUAUUGAUAAAUUGUAUAUAGUAUUGGGAAGAAUUGCAAUAAUCUAGGAUUCUUAUACAAAACUCGCCACAACUAGAAUGUAUACUACACAGAAUUUUCAUGAUUUGGCUGUGUAUGGUUCCAUUCUAUGGAAACUAAAAAAAAUUCAUGAUACAUAUAUAUCAAAUUCAAAUUCAAAUGAAGCCUUGU